AUGCAAGCCCCUGAUGACGACAAGGAACCCGGAAGCGACCAGAAAGACCCAGCCACCUUCAGAUUCAUCACUGCAAAUCCUCGGCCGGAGAAGGACAAGCAAGAAUCACGGGCGUUGAUCAGAGCCUACGGCUCACACUUCUCCUGGGCAAAAGUGAGAAAAACGGGAUACAAAUUGCAAGACCAAGAAAAGACUGCUCACGUCGGGUCAAAUACACAUGCGCGCCAGCGUCUGAGACCUCCAAACAAAUUGCCGUGCAGACGUCAACAAUCGAAUGGGAAGUUUGAUGAAGAGGAGAAUCAAAACGAAGGUGGCCUAGGUCUCCAACACUUCAACACGGCUAGUUUCCAUUUUAUGUCAGCAAGGCAUCUCAACCCUCUUGUCAGUCCACUCAAUUGA